AUGCUCAUUUUUAAAACUAAAAAUCUUGAACCACCAUUCAAAAUGAGUAUAAUUGAAAACGAUUCUCCUUCUUUUAUUCAAUUCAAAAAUCAUCAGCAUUUUUAAAAACCAAGCAGUUAAGAUUUUGGUAUUAAAACUAAACAAAAUCUAUCAUUAAGUUAAUAGAUAGAAAACAAACAUGAAAAGGUUGAAGAUAAAUUGGAUAUCCAGAAAACAUAAAGAGUUAAAAGACAAGUAUUUGAUGCAAAUUUAAACUAAACUUAAGAAAUAGGGCAAUAAGCUCAUUCCUUUAUUCCUCGAUUAUUAUCUAAAAAAAUAGCAUUACGUCAAAGCCAAAGAAAUAAAAGUCAAAAUUUUUAAUAUCAUCAUUGUGAACAAUACCCUCUCCUGCCUUUUAUCAAGAUUUAAAAAGUUAAACAAUUUUAAAAAUCAGAUUAACAACCAAGCAUUCUAAAAUCUAAGAACGUUAGUAACUAAAAUCAUUUAAAAACUUGCUAAAGGAAUAAAACUAGAAUGAGAGAAAAUUUAAUAAUUCUAAAAAUUGUAGAUAAUUUGUAAGAAUCAACAAUCUUAUUAGAACUAUGA